AGCCUAAUCAUGUAUCUCGAAGCGAACGUUCGUUUCGUCUGCCAGACGUUUCUUUCGUGUGUUGGUAGUAUGUAAGUCGAAAUCGUCUGGCAGCACGAAAACAGCUGAUCGUUACGUAGUUUUCGUCUAGUUUGGAAUUUUUUAAGGCGAAUAGAAGACGAAAGUGAGACGACAAUCGUUGAAAACAGACGAAAGGUUAUUAGUGAUCGUUAAGAUGGAGGGUUCUGCCAGGAAAACGCUGAAAAAAACUACAACCACUCAAUUUGAAGUACUGGUAAAAGAAAUGGAGAGAAAUCCUGACCUGGCCAGAGGUGUUGCAGUGUUUGGAUCUGAUCGAGGAAGGGUAGAGGAGCGGUGGGAGGAAAUUAUGAGGAAAAUUAAUUCUCAUGGUCCUCCUACAAGAACGGCCGUCGAAUGGAAGAAAAUAUGGGCUGACUUGAAAAGCCGGACAAAAAAGAAGAUUGCCGAAAACAAACGAAGCCUUACUGCUACCGGUGGUGGCCCAUUCCGUCACUCUCCGCUUUCCGAAAUGGAGCAGGCCAUAGACAGCCUGGUUUUUAUUUCGAGGUCAGCAGCCCCGAGCGGCAGAGUUUUCGGCAUUCCUUCGACGGCGACCUCUAACAUGUCAAGACAUUCGUCGUUGGAGGAAAUGCCUCCUUUACUUGUGACUGAAUCGCCAACACUUGACCAACGAAGGCAACAAACAACCACCCUUCAAUCUCCUAUAAGGCACAACCAACCACCACCAGUGGGAGUAGUGACUCCCACUACACAGACAACCCGUCCUACACCAACGCACACGUUACGUUCCACUAAUAGGAAGCGCACCUUCCAAGAGACAGUGGCUGAAUCUGCCAAAGUCCAAGCAGAAGCCGCUAAAGUGCAGGCUGAGGCUGCAAAAAAAAUGGCAGAGGCAUCAAUGCUGCAGGUGGAUGCCACAAACAAAUUAACUGCUGCAGUGGAACGCCAAUCUGAAAUUUUUGAAAAAUUUUUGGAGUACUUCCGGAAUUAAUUUUCAUACCACUAUUGUGAGAGUAUUGAAGUGAUAUUUUUUUUUUUUUUUUGUGUAAAUAUUUUUUAGAUUUAAGUGUGAAUUGAU